AUGGCGGGUAAUUACAAUUACGGUGGUAAUGGUGGUAAUUAUCGGGAGUGGAUGUACAAGAGAUUCGAUGAAUUUACGGGGAAUUUCUCAGCAGAAUUUGAAGCGGGGGUGGAGCAAUUCUUGACAUUUGCUAAUAGCCAGCCUAUAGUACAAAGUAACGGGGGUAAGUUUUACUGUCCUUGUAGUGGUUGCAAGAAUGAAAUAUUUAUCUCGGGUAGAAGGGUUAUGAGUCAUUUGUUUAGUAAAGGAUUUAUGCCGGAUUAUUAUGUUUGGUAUAAGCAUGGAGAAGAAAUAAAUAUGGAUAUAGGAUCCAGCUAUAUUGAUAGGACAUACAUAAGUGAGAGUCAUGAAGAAGUGGGUAAUGUAGUAGAAGAUCCAUAUGUGGAUAUGGUGAAUGAUGCAUUUCGUUAUAACGUGGGUAAUUUUGAUGAUAACUAUCAUCAUGAUGGUAGUUAUCAGAAUGUUGAAGAACCAGUACGUAACCAUUCAAAGAAGUUUUAUGACUUGUUAGAAGGUGCAAAAAAUCCAUUAUAUGAUGGUUGUCGUGAAGGUCACUCAAAAUUAUCCUUAGCUGCCCGAGUCAUGCAAAAGAAGGCGGAGCAUAAUAUGAGUGAAAAUUUAGUGGACUCAGUUUGCCAAAUUUUAACGGAUUAUUUACCUGAAGGAAACCAGUCAACCGUUUCACAUUACGAGACAGAAAAGUUAAUGCGCAAUUUAGACCUCCCAUAUCAUACAAUUGAUGUAUGUAUUAACAAUUGUAUGAUUUUUUGGAAAGAAGACGAAAAAGAAGAUAAAUGUCUGUUUUGUGGUGCACAAAGAUGGAAGCCAAAGGAAGAUCGACGGAGAACAAAAGUACCAUAUAGCCGUAUGUGGUAUCUUCCUAUUGCUGACAGGUUGAAGAGAAUGUAUCAGAGCCACAAGACUGCAGCUUCAAUGAGAUGGCAUGCGGAGCACCAGUCAAAGGAGGGAGAGUUAAAUCAUCCUUCUGAUGCGGCGGAGUGGAGAAAUUUCCAAGAGCUACAUCCUCGAUUUGCUGAAGAACCCCGUAACGUUUAUCUUGGCUUAUGUACUGAUCGGUUCAAUCCAUUUGGCAUGUAUCGUAAUCAUUCGUUGUGGCCUGUGAUAUUGACUCCGUAUAAUUUACCUCCAGGUAUGUGCAUGAAAGAAGAGUAUUUGUUUCUUACUAUUCUGAAUUCUGGGCCACAUCAUCCGUGUGCUAGUCUCGAUAUCUUCCUUCGGCCUCUUAUUGAGGAGUUAAAAGAGUUGUGGUCUACUGGAGUCGAUGCGUACGAUGUGUCUUUGAAUCAAAAUUUUAAUCUAAAGGCUGCGUUGAUGUGGACGAUCAGUGACUUUCCGGCAUAUAGCAUGUUAUCAGGGUGGACCACACACGGUAAAUUAUCUUGUCCAAUUUGUAUGGAAAGUACCAAGUCUUUUUAUCUACCUAAUGGAAGGAAGACAUCUUGGUUUGAUUGCCACCGAAGAUUUCUUCCUCAUGGUCAUGCGUUAAGAAGGAACAAAAAAGACUUCCUUAAAGGAAGAGAUGCUUCUAAUGAAUAUCCACCUCCUUCUUUGACUGGUGAGCAAGUUUAUUACGAGCGGUUGGAUGGUGUAAAUCCACCAAGAACCAAGGACGUCGGUGGUAACGGUCAUGAAAAGAAGAUGCAUGGCUAUGGGAAGGAACAUAACUGGCACAAGGAAAGCAUAUUAUGGGAGUUGUCUUACUGGAAGGAUUUGAAUCUUCGACAUAAUAUUGAUGUCAUGCAUACGGAGAAGAACUUUUUGGACAACAUCAUGAAUACUCUUAUGAGGGUGAAAGGUAAAUCAAAAGACAACAUCAUGUCAAGAUUGGAUAUUGCAAAAUUCUGUGAUCGGCCAUACUUACAUCUUGGUAAUAAGGGUGAAGCUCCAUUCCCAGUUUAUACACGGACAGAAGAAGCGAAAAUAAGUUUAUUGGAGUGUGUGAAACAUUCGGUUAAAUUUCCCGAUGGUUAUUCGUCAGACUUGACAAGUUGUGUUGAUAUGGACAAUGGCAAGUUUUCAGGCAUGAAGAGUCAUGAUUGUCAUGUUUUUAUGGAGCGACUACUUCCAUUUAUAUUUGCAGAACUCCUAGAUCGAAACAUUCAUCUUGCUUUAUCAGGGGUUGGAGCAUUUUUCAGGGACUUAUGCUUGAGAACUUUGCAGAAAAGUCGCCUUCAAAUUUUAAAACAAAACAUUGUUUUGAUCCUAUGCAAUUUAGAGAAGAUCUUCCCACCUUCAUUUUUUGAUGUCAUGGAGCACUUACCUAUACAUCUUCCCUACGAAGCCGAAUUGGGAGGCCCCGUUCAAUAUAGGUGGAUGUAUCCUUUUGAAAGGUUUUUCAAAAAGUUGAAAGGAAAAGCAAAGAACAAACGAUAUGCGGCAGGAUCGAUUGUUGAGUCAUAUAUCAAUGAUGAGAUUGCUUAUUUCUCGGAGCAUUACUUUGCCGAUCAUAUACAAACAAAAUCAAGGUUAACAAGAUUUGAUGAAGGUGAAGUCCCUGUUUACCAUUUCCCUGGAGUACCUAAUAUAUUUACUCACGUCGGUCGUCCAAGUGGAGAAAUGCAUGAAGUAUGGCUUUCAGAGAAAGACUACCAAUGCGCACAUGCAUAUGUCUUACGGAAUUGUGACUACUUUCAACCAAUUGAGAGUAUGUUCGAGGAUUGUCUUUCUACAAAAUAUCCAGGAUUGACUGAGAAAGAACUAUCCAAGAAAAUAGCAGAAGAAUAUCAUUCUUGGGUGAAAGAUUAUGUGACAUACUGGAACGCCACGAAUCCAUUUCCUACUUGGGUUCAAGAUAUCGUGCAUGGACCUUUGAACAAGGUGAAAACUUGGCCAAUGUAUUUUACAAGAGGCUAUUUGUUUCAUACACAAAAUCAUGGCGCUGGAAGGAAGACAUGUAACUAUGGUGUAUGUGUUAAGGGUGAAAAUUACACAGAUGCAUCUGAUGAUGCAGAUUUCUAUGGGAACUUAACCGAUAUCAUGGAACUUGAGUAUGAACGAAUGGUAAACUUGAGAGUCACACUUUUUAAGUGUAAAUGGUAUGACCCUGUUAUUGGUAGAGGAACUCGAAGAAGCAAUGGUGGCGUUGUAGACGUGCUUUCAUCGAGAAAAUACAACAAAUAUGAACCAUUUAUUUUAGAAAAUGAUGAUGCUGUAUUGAUCACUACGAUUGAAGAUCUUGUAGUCGACAAUUACGUAGAAGACGUAAACCCAAUAAACCUUGAUUACAAUGUCGAAGAUGCAGAUCCAGAAGAUGAAUUCAUGUGUAAUUUAUCAUCUUCUGAUGAUGAAGAAGAACAAGAAGACGAUGAACCGUAG